AGCUCUUUAUGUUCGAUGACAGCCAUUUUGUCGUGUUAGUGGACGGGCUAGUAAGGACGCGCGCGCACAAUUUGUUGUAACUUUUUUAUUGAAAAAAAAAAACAAUCAAAAUGGGGUGUGGUGAAUUCUUAGUUAAAUAUAUUCUGUUCUUUACGAACUUAUUUUUCGCGCUAGCAGGUCUGGCGCUGUUGGGUCUGGGCGUGGCGGUACAGCUGCAGGGUACGGCCGUCAUCAACAUCGCCGACACAAGCUACCAGGUGGCGCCUAUCGCCUCCAUGGUGGUUGGCGGCGUCGUCUUCCUCAUUGCCUUCUUCGGCUGCUGCGGCGCUAUCCGGGAGAGCAACUGCAUGCUUAUUACGUACUCGUUGUUUAUGAUUAUCCUGAUGAUAUUGAAAAUCGCGCUGGCGAGUCUGAUCUUCGUGAACCUGGACAGUCUGGUGCAGGGCGUGCCCAAUGUACUAAACGACGCAUUUAAUAAAGAUAGGGUCGCCUUCCAGGAGAUCGAGAGAGCCUUCACGUGCUGCGGUCCGACUGGUCCGCUGUCGUACAUGAACAUCGCGCUGCCGGAGACUUGUUGCGCGUCUCAGCCGUGCACACCUCUCAACGCGUACUCCGGCUGUGACAAACAGGUCCAGAGUCUGCUCGAGACAUUCGGUCUCGCCAUCGGCGUUGUUUGCAUCGUUGUUGUUGCUAUUGAGCUUGUUGCGGUAGUGUUCGGCUUGUGUCUGGCAAACCACGCGCGGAACAAGAACCGGCGGUCGCACUACUAGGCCGAUAGAUGGCGCUGUAUUACAUUCGUUUAUAACUUUACUAAAUGCACACGUUUUGAACAAAAAUUUUGUUAACGUUAUGUUAACAGGUGAAUAUGUAUUACUGUUGAUAAUAAUUGUAUGUAUUAAUGUUUAUAUACGCAAUUAGUGUUAGUUAAGGCGGGUUUUGUGACCCAAUGUACAGUCAGGGUGAAAAAUUAAUUACGAUUUGAUAACCAUUAGUGAAAUAAUUUUAGGUCUCUAAAGAACAAGAAAUAUCUUUUGUAUUAUAUUACAUUG